UGAAGCAGUCACAAGUGCUUAUUGCAAAUUCUUUUCUUUCCCAUUUCAGGUUUUGGGGGAAAAAAAGAAGAUACUCCUCCACCCAAAUAAAAAAUCUUCCAAAAACCUGAGUGGGGAAUGAAAAUCAUCCACUGUCAACCCAUGGUCUAUGUGUAAGCUAGAACUUUCUGUGCUUUGCAUGUCUUAUCGCUGGGUGCUCUAGGGAAGCAAAGGCAUGGUGAUCCCACCCUGGGAAAACCAAACAACCAUAGCAGAAUUUGUGCUUCGAGGAUUUUCCUCCAUCCGGCAGCUAAAUAUUUUCCUCUUUAUGACGUUUUUAGUUUUCUACAUCUUAAUCGUUUCUGGAAACAUCCUCAUUGUUCUGCUAGUUUUUUUCAGCCAUCACCUCCACACCCCCAUGUACUUCUUCCUGGUGAACUUGUCCUUUCUAGAGAUCUGGUAUACCUCCAACAUCGUCCCCAAGAUGUUGCUGAUCAUCAUAGCUGAGCAGAAGACUAUCUCUGUCGCUGGGUGCCUGGCACAGUUCUACUUCUUUGGAUCCCUGGCUGCAACAGAGUGUCUCUUGCUUGCUGUGAUGUCCUAUGACCGGUAUCUGGCCAUCUGCCAACCUCUCCACUAUCCCAUCCUCAUGACUGGCCCCCUUUGCAUUAUGCUGGCUUCCAGUUCUUGGCUCUGCUGCUUCCUCCUCACAGCAAUUACUAUGGUCCUACUGUCUAGACUAACCUUCUGUGGACCCAAUGAAAUUGAUCACUUCUUCUGCGACUUCACGCCUCUGGUCCAUCUUUCCUGCAUGGACACUUCACUGACCGAGACCAUUGCUUAUGCCACCUCUUCUGCAGUGACUCUGGUUCCAUUUCUCCUCAUCACAGCCUCCUACUCCUGCAUUCUUGUUGCCAUCCUAAGAAUUCCAUCUGGCACAGGGCGGAGAAAGGCUUUCUCCACCUGCUCCUCCCACCUCACUGUGGUCACGGUGUUUUAUGGGACACUGAUUGCCACGUACCUCGUGCCUUCAGCCAAUUCUUCACAGCUCUUGCACAAAGGAUUCUCUCUGCUCUACACCAUCCUGACACCCAUGUUCAACCCCAUCAUCUACAGCCUGAGAAACAGAGACAUCCGCGAAGCCCUGAAGAUGUGCUUGAGUAAGAAGCCAAGUUUCCUCCUUGGAUGA